ACCAUCUGCGGCAGGAAGCGGGUGCCGGCUGUUGACUCGCUCCCUCCCUGGCUGCUCAGCCGCCGCUGGGCAGGAGCUGGCGGCUCAUCCGCGAGGGAAGCCCCGGCCCAACCCCGGCUCCCCCUCCCGCCUCCCUUCCAGCCUCCAGGAUCGCUUCCAGCCUCCAGAUACCCCUCACCUCUGCUCCCCCGCGUCCUUGUUCUUCAGGAGGUGCCCCGGGACGGGAAGUCAUGUGUAUCUCGAGUCACGUGUGCUCUGGCAUCAUGUGAUAGUCUUUCUCCCGCCCUUCCCUGGUCCCUAGGGACCCGGGGUGGGGUGGGGGUGGGGACCGAGGGAGCCGUGGCGUUGGCGAUUCAUGCUGGGCGAAGGUCCGCAGGUCGUAUCCCGGGCGCCGGUCAGAUGACCGGGGUGUGGACGGCCAGGAUCCUCCAGCCUGUCGGGGACCCCGUCAUAGGCUGGAUGGCUGAGCAAGCGGCGCUAGGACCCCCGGGCAGAGCCUCGGGGAAGGGAGUCGGGGUGGGGGCAAUACCUUACAUGGUGUCCCCGCUGUCACUGAACCCUCUGCCCAAAAUAGCCCCCAGCGCCCGCUGGCUGGCCCGCCUUAUGGCCGGGAGAUGGCUGCUGUCUCCAACCCCAUGGAACUGGAUGCGUCCUUGGGAACCGCGCGCCCCGAGCCCCCUCCCACCCGCUUCCACUGGGUUCACGGUGCCAACAUCCGUGUGGACCCCUCCGGGACGAGGGCCACACGCGUGGAGAGCUUCGCCCACGGCGUUUGCUUCAGUCGCGAGCCGUUGGCCCCCGGCCAGGUGUUCCUGGUGGAGAUCGAGGAGAAAGAGCUGGGCUGGUGCGGGCACCUGCGCCUCGGCCUGACUGCCCUGGACCCCGCCAGUCUGGCCGCCGUGCCGGAGUUUUCGCUGCCCGACCUGGUCAGCCUUGGCCACACCUGGGUCUUCGCCAUCACGCGCCAUCACAACCGCGUGCCCCGGGACGGCCACCCGGAGGCAGAGGCUGUGGCCCCCAGCCGCCCCGCGGCCCUCCUGGUGGAACCGUAUCUGUGCAUCGAGCAGUUUCGCAUUCCCCGCGACCGCCUGGUGGGCCGCAGCCGGCCCGGGCUAUAUAGCCACCUCUUGGACCAGCUCUAUGAGCUGAACGUGCUGCCUCCGACUGCGCGCAGGAGCCGCCUGGGCGUUCUCUUCUGCCCGCGUCCGGAUGGCACAGCUGACAUGCAUAUCAUCAUCAAUGGCGAGGACAUGGGCCCAAGUGCCCGGGGGCUGCCAGCCGCCCAGCCCCUCUAUGCGGUGGUGGACGUCUUUGCCUCCACCAAGAGCGUGCGCCUGGUCCAGCUUGAGUAUGGCUUGCCAUCCCUGCAGACCCUGUGCCGCCUGGUGAUCCAGAGGAGCGUGGUGCACCGGUUGGCCAUUGACGGGCUCCACCUGCCCAAAGGACUUAAGGAUUUCUGCAAGUAUGAGUGAAGACCUGCAGCCACCCUGGAGCAGGGCCACAGGAGUGCAUCCCGGCCCUAGAGGCGUGGCUGCUCUGAAGUUGGCCAUACUGUUGCCAGCUAGCAUAGAAAUAAACAGAGGAUGCUGACACUGA